AUGACGAAGGGCCGCCAGGAAAACAAUGAAGCCAACACAGACGGACGGAUUGCAGAGGGCCAGAUAACUGCCAAGUUUGAGUUCACAAACGUUAAAUGUGUCCCCUAUGACCUAAAGUUUAACGACUUUGAACAUUGCUAUUUGAAAUCGGUAAAUCAAACCUACAAAUAUGUGUCCAUCAAGUGUCGACUAUUUCAAACUCCGGUCACCAAAUUUAAUUUAUUAUUGUAUAAGCGAUUCAAUGGAUAUAGACCAUUCAUGUACAAUGUCUCAGUGGAUGUAUGCAAGUUUCAAUUAAAUCGUAAUGUGAACCCAAUAAUGAAAUUCUUUUACGACAUUGUUGAACCCUACUCAAACAUUAAUCACACCUGUCCCUUUAAUGUGAGUUUAACUUUCGAGGAUCUUGUGCUUGAAAAGUUGCCGGUUGAUUUUAUUAAUCAUCGAAUAACAGAUGUUCUGCCUUUUCCUGAUUACGUGGUGGAAACCAAUUGGAUAGCCUACGAUAUUAAAAGAGCCGUAGUUAAAUUCUAUGGAACCCUUUCAUAA